AUGUCAUCUUCAUCGCCACCACCGCAACUCAACACUGGUGACCCCAAGAACAUAAGUUACGCAACCAUGAGCAGCAGCGACGACACCGUGAAAUCCAAAGGAUCGGUCCACGUCACGCGUCGUACGAAAAAAAGUCCGCACUACAGCACACGACACGAUUACGACAUGUCGUAUGACCACUCCAAACUGAAUAUUAAGGUACCGCAGUUUUCUUCGGAUGAUCCCGAAUUGUGGUUCGCAUUACUGGAAAGCCAGUUUAAUAUUUAUAAUGUCACAGAUGACUCAGCGAAAUUUUCGUGUGUUACGAACAACUUGGAUAUUUUACAUGCGAAAGCUGUUAAGGAUAUUAUUAUCAAUCCUCCAGCUGUGAACAAGUAUGAAAAGAUUAAAAGCGAACUAGUAAGGAGACUCUCCGCGUCACGUGAAUUGAAGGUCAAGCAGCUUCUUACCCAUGAAGUACUUGGAGACCGAAAACCGUCGGAAUUUCUCCGUCACCUUCUUGACCUUGCGGGACCUAAACCACCGGAAGAAUUUAUUCGCUCGAUUUGGACAAACCGUCUCCCAAGUAAUGUGCAGAGCAUUUUAGCUUCUCAGCCCUCGCACAGUUUGGAGCAGCUAGCAGACCUGGCUGAUAAAAUUCAAGAAAUAACCUUACCUGGUAAUGUGGCCUCCACAUCUUCUGUUCCUGCCGUAUCUGCCUCUUCGAGUGCUUCUUCUGAAAUUGCCGAGCUAAAGAAGAUGGUACAAAAUCUUACCUUGAAGUUAGAAGAACACUCUCGCACUGCAAACUGCAGAGCCUACCAGUCUCGUCCCAAGCAUCGGCGCAAUCCAGAUCAACGCCCGAGGUCAAGGUCAAAUUCCAGCUAUCGUCGACGUCCGUUGUGUUGGUACCACGCUAAAUUUAAUGAUCGCGCGAAAUACUGCAUACAGCCUUGCGAUUUCGGUAGUGCGGGAAACGCAAAGGGCAGUCGCUGA